AUGAAUUUUUUUAAUUUGCCAUCUUCAGAAAAGGAAGCUGUGCAAUUUCUUCAAGAACGCGGAGUGUUGCCAAGUGUACGGAUUUGUCAAAACAAUCACUUGGCAAAGUUAUAUUUUGGAAAAGAAAUAUUUUGGAAAUGCAAUGUUAAGAAAUGCCAAAAAAGGAUAAAUGUACGUAAUGAUAAUUGGUUUGCAAAAUCACGAAUAUCGUUUACGAUUGCCGUACGAUUUAUAUAUGGUUGGUCUCACGAAAUGACGAGUGCGAAAUGGUGCGAGCAACAAUUAGGUUUAAGCUUAAAUACAGUUAUUGACUGGAAUAAUUACCUACGCGAAGUAUGUGCAAUGGCUAUUGAAAAUAAACCACAAACAAAAAUAGGUGGACCGGGGAAAAUCGUCGAGAUCGAUGAAAGUCUAUUUUCGAAAAGAAAAAACCACGUUGGCAGGGUACUUCCCGAACGGUAA